GGCCUAUAUAUACUUAUAGUUUCUGCUGGUUGGGGGCGUCGUGCCCGCAUGAACCGCGAGGGGGGAACUCAUGGAGGACGACGAUAUUCAGCUGCUGGGCACCACCACCACGGCGAGGAGGAACGACAACGAUGGGCAGUACGGAGGCUUCUGGCUCGCCGACAUCAUGCAGAACGCCGUCGCCGCCGCUCGCACACGCAUCAAGUCCAACCCACCAGACAUCUUGCUGGCCAGCUUGCCGAAAUCCGGCACCACCUGGCUCAAGGCCCUCGCCUUCGCGACGCUCAACCGUGCCACGCACUCGCCGUCCGACGCCCACCACCCGCUCCGGCACCACAACCCCCACGACUGCGUCGCCUUCCUGGAGAUGAUGAUGGUCACCCAGGACGACGACAACGACGACGGCGACGGCGACGAGGCCCUCCUCCGUCCUCCUCCAUCACGGCGGCCACUGCUGGUACAGACGCACAUCCCCUACUCCCUGCUUCCCGAUGCCAUCACGGCGGAGGGCUCCGGGUGCCGGAUCGUCUACGUGUGCCGGGAUCCCAAGGACAUGCUGGUCUCCUUCUGGAACUUCCACCUCAAGGAGGGACCGACUUUGGCGGCCGCCGGCGGCGGCGGCGCCUGGGUCGGCGAGUCAUCGGCGGCAAGCCUGACCAAAUUCGAGGACGUCUUCGAGCUCUUCUGCCAGGGACGGUACCCCGGAGGCCCCUACUGGCGCAACGCCAUGGAGUUCUGGCGCGAGAGCCAGAGGAGGCCUGACGAGGUGCUGUUCCUGAGGUACGAGGACAUGCUGGGAGACCCGGUGGGUAACCUGAAGAAGCUGGCGGCGUUCAUGGGGUGCGCGUUCUCCGAGGAGGAGGAAGAGGAGGAGGCUGGCGGCGUGGUGGAGCAGAUCGUGGAGCUCUGCAGCUUGGCGAGCCUGAAGGGCAUGGACGUGAACAAGAAUGGCAGCACGGUGCUGGCGUUCAGGAAUGAGGCCUACUUCAGGAAAGGGCAGGUCGGCGACUGGAAAAACUACAUGACCGUGGAGAUGGCGGCGAGGCUGGAUAAGAUCGUUGAGGAGGCCACUCGAGGUUCUGGACUCACCUUUGCGGGCUCAGUCUUGCAUAAUGAUUAAUAAGAUUUUUUAAAAAUCUCUCUAUAUUUAUUAUAUUAUAAUGGAUGUAUUUUUUAUACUUUCAGAAGUAGUUACUUCUGUGAUCAAUAAAUUACGUUGUGUAUGUACAUACUCAUUUAUCAGUCUAAGGAUGUUGAUAUAUUUACUAUCAUAGUACAGAAAAGAUCUUUAA